AUGUUACAACGAAAUUCUCAACGACGCCUCGUAAUCAGCAAUGCGAUUUGCACUCGAUCGAUUAGAAAUUUUUACAUGCAAUUUGGAUCUAACAGAAAACUUCGCCAACUAUUUUUGGUUUCAUUAUUUCUAACAUCUUUAAUGAUUUUGUGCUGCAUAAUACAUUUCGCUCAUGUAUCAUUUUAUGAUAAACUAUCAAAAAGUGUAAAAUUAAAUACUGUAACAUCUCAAAACAGAACCGGAAUUUCGGAUAAAGGGAAGCAAAAUGUAAUGACGAAAGCUUGUCAGAUACUGUAUCAAAUUCAAAUAUUCAUUAAGCAGAUUUUAAAUUUUGUACAAGAAACGUUUUCAUCAUUAAGAUGGGAUUUGUUUAUGAAGUCGGAAUUUCAAAAGAUUCCAUCAAUGAUGAAUUACACAGAAGAUGUGACAGAUGAUACCUUAUUUAUCUAUAAAGCAUUUUUGGACUUACGCCGAAAAGAACCGUUAAUACGAAUUCUGGCAUUCAGUCAGUGUCGCGAUAUCAAUGUAAUCCUUCAUUAUGGCUUACAAUGUAUAUCAGCAAAAGAUAUCACAAUAGAAUAUGAUUGCCCGUGGAAAUGGGUACCCGACUGUAAAUGGUUUUCCUUUAUGCUCAUUUUCAAUAUGAGAAAUAGCAAUUUCUCUAUCAAUACAAAGGAAAUACUGGUAAGUGAAAGAAAUCGAAUGGUUGCUAUCCCGUUGCAAUUGCUCCCUCGGAAAUACCAAAAUACUUUACACGUUUGUGUGCCACCCCUAUACUGGUACUGGAAUUAUGUUGCAUUCAUACAAUUCAUUGAGAUUUGGAGAAAGCAAGGUGCUACAAUGUUUUACAUUUAUUACGUAUCGGUCAAUAGACAUAUGAUGGAUAUUUUGAAAAUCUAUGAAAAAGUGGGAAUUAUUCGGUUAAUUCGUUGGCAAAUGUUGCCACGGUCAAAACUGACUGACCCAAAUCGAUGGAUUUAUCGUUUUGGUCAUACGCUUAGCAUGAAUGACUGUUUGCAUAGUUCAUUCGCUAAAUAUGUUGCAUUGGUCGAUAUCGAUGAAUUUAUUAUUCCAAAUUCUGGAACGUUACUGCCAUUUUUACGCAAAAUGCAUAAUUUAAAUGAUACAGCUGGAAGUUUCGUAUUCGAGCAUGCUCGAGUACGAUUUCAGGGCUGGAUUCUAUUUAAAUUACAACGAAAAUUUGAUUUUGCUUGGCUAAAAAAUGCUGAAUUUCAAAUUCAAGAAGGCCCAUCAAAAACGAUUUUCAUGCCUGAACGUGUGCAAAUUUUAGUAACCCAUAAAGUGCGCGAAUUUUUCAAACCAUAUAAGUCAUUCAAAAUAAAUACCAAUGACGGGUUAUUAUAUCAUGCACGUUCUAAUUGGAUUUUCACAAGUCUGAAUGAUUCCAUUUUUCAUCCAACGGAUAUUUUCCGCAAAUACAUUACUGAUCUAAACAAUCAGUAUCAAAAAAUGAUAGCACAAGUACUUUGGCAGGAUUGGAAUCUUGUUCCUUUCUGGAAAAUUCUUUCUAAGAAAAUUGAGAAAUGUACUUCCAAGUAA